UCGUCCUUUCUCUUCCGCGACCUCUCGUAGUCAUGGCCUCCAUCGCGUCUCGCUCUGCAUCAAACAUUGCUCGUGCUGCACGCAGCGCACCUCGUAGUGCAUUUGCUGCUUCCCGCAAUGCUGCUAGGUCAUUUUCUGCUAUCGCACGUUCUGCAAAAUCCGUGCAGAAAACUGCGUCUGCUGUUCAGAUGCGAGGCGUGAAAACGCUCAGCUUUGCUGGUGUUGAGGAAAAGGUGUACGAGCGCUCCGAUUGGCCGCUCCCCAAGCUCCAGGAAUACUUCAAGAACGACACGCUGGCGCUUAUCGGGUACGGCUCUCAAGGACAUGGCCAAGGUCUCAACGCGCGUGACAAUGGACUAAACGUCAUUGUCGGUGUUCGCAAAGACGGUGAGAGUUGGAAACAGGCUAUCGAAGAUGGUUGGGUCCCAGGCGAGACCCUCUUCCCGAUUGAGGAGGCCAUUAACCGUGGAACGAUUAUCAUGAACCUUCUGUCUGAUGCUGCUCAAAGUCAAACUUGGCCGAAGCUUGCGCCGCUCAUCACCAAGGGCAAGACGUUGUACUUCUCACAUGGUUUCUCUGUCGUGUACAAGGAUUUGACCCAUGUCGUACCACCUAAGGAUGUCGAUGUCAUCCUCGUCGCGCCCAAAGGCUCUGGACGUACCGUCCGCACACUCUUUAAAGAAGGGCGUGGUAUCAACUCGUCGAUUGCUGUCUUCCAGGACGUUACUGGAAAGGCACUCGAGAAGGCUACUGCAAUCGGUGUUGCUAUUGGCUCUGGUUACAUGUACGAGACAACCUUCGAGAAGGAGGUGUACUCUGAUCUUUACGGCGAACGUGGUGUCCUCAUGGGUGGUAUCCAGGGCAUGUUCCUUGCUCAGUACAAGGUCCUUCGCGCCAACGGCCACUCUCCGUCGGAAGCUUUCAACGAGACUGUUGAAGAGGCAACUCAGUCCCUCUUCCCUUUGAUCGGCGAGAAGGGCAUGGAUUACAUGUACAACGCUUGCUCGACGACCGCUCGCCGUGGUGCACUUGACUGGGCACCCGUCUUCGAAGCUGCUAACACGCCUGUAUUCGAGAAGCUCUACCAAAGUGUAAAAAAUGGCACGGAGACGAAGAACGCAUUGGAGUUCAACGGCCGUAAGACCUACCGUGAGGACCUUGCGAAGGAGCUCAAGGAUAUUGACGAACAAGAGAUCUGGGUCGCUGGCAAGACCGUCCGCUCUUUGCGUCCAGAUGCCAAGCAGUAGAUGCUUCUCGGCAGAAUAUAUUUGUUGAAAAGAGGUCGCGACAAUUUUUGGAGGAUCUCAUUGAUUUUAUUAGCUUGCUUAACGUGCUUAGAAUGUCCUUACGGGUUACAUUGCUUCCUAUUCUUGCAAAAUGUAUAUGUAUUCCUUUACUCUUUCUGGAACAACGUUCUUGAGCUGGCAUCUCGAUGUUUGUGCUCUGCUAGUGAUUU